AGAGUCCUGAUGAUCGUGUGUAAGAGCUUGAAGUUGCAGUUAUUUCUUAUUGAAGUUGAUAUUGGUGUGGUGUCUCUAUUGCAGGCCUACAGAAGCUAUUGUGUAUGGUAGCAUGACGUGCCAUAACCGUAGCGAUGUCAAUCAGAUCUUACAUCAGGAGGACUACACCAAUGGACAGUUUGCCUUCUUCCAAUUCGGACGCGACAUAGCCAACAACGAGUAUUACCCGAACAUGGAGUGUAACUUGGAUUACAGCGCCGUUGGUGGUCGUCCGGUGAGCGUCAUCUUCCAUCCAUGUACCCUGCCUAUUGGAAAUACAUGCAGUCAGGAUUCAUUGACGGUCAGCACUGCUGCAUCCAAUCCACACACUGUGGUCUGCUCCGACGAUCCAGCUGCUGAACCAGGCGUGAUCGAUUCUGGUGCUUCCACCAUGUCCAUUAAGUUCCUCACUGACGCGAGUGGGCAGACAGUUGGAUGCGCAGGAUUCAUGUGGGGCGUCCCUCCGUCCUAAACUACUUCAGUAGAGAGGCUCAAAAGGCAUCGUGCAAACCUGCCACUACACGGAGCACCGAGGCAUCCUGUCUCAAUCACCAUGCAAAGCUGAAUCAUGUUGUUUGCAUUUGUAUAGAAGCAUCAUAAUUGACACAUUUAGAACCAAAAUAUUCUUUCCAACCAAUCUGUGUACCUUUCAUUCCAGCCUCCGCCCUAACUCCUCUUUUUAUUCCAUGGAUACGUACAAUUUAUGUAUACACAAUCCCAGUAGCAUGCAUGACAUAAACAUACAAUCAUGUAUUAUGAUGUAAUCAUGUAGCGUGUAUUAUGAUGUACUUCGAGUAUGCAUCUUGUUCUUUCUUUAACAUGUAGCGAACAUGAUUGCCCCUGGAUUGCUCCUGAAUUUUUGUCACUGUGCCUUUGAAAUUCUAAUAUACGGGUAGAUGUACCGGUAUUGUAGUAUACAUGUUUGUCUUCCAAGGCACGUUUGAUGGUAAUUCAUGUACAGUACUUUGUAUUUGCAUCCCAGUCACUGAGUGAAAACUAUACUUUUGCAUUCCAUAUUUCCUCCUUUCGCUUUGCAAGCAAUAAUUAUACUUGAUGUUUCUUUCAUUUGAUUCCGUUCAGCAAUCUGAUCUGAUGAAGAAUACCUGUAUGUAGUACUGGUGA